AUGUUGCGGUCUAACCUCACCUCUAGAUCAGGCGCAAAUCCCUUUGGAACAGCAACCAUCCCGACGUCUGCUCUGAGAACGCAGCAGGAGUACGAUGUGUCCGUCACGUUGUCUAUGCCCCGUUCGCCUGCCAACACACAGCGAGGCAACUUCAUGAUUGCCAUCCACCUGCUGGAUCUCGGAGCCUUGUCGACGGGAAGCGACAAAAUACAGCCUCAUAUCGCUCCUGAACCCUAUGCUCAUUUCGAUGGAAAGACAGUCCUUUUGUCUUCAAGGCGGCCCGCUUUGGUGCCAUAUCAAGAUCCAAUGGUAUCGAUAGCGUCGCGAAUCCUCUUCUUAGCCUACCAUAUUUUGUUCUCCGACUCGGAAACUUGCGUGCUUACCGUCCCGAUGGCCGAGCGCGUCGAGUUGGCCAAAGGCUCUUCCUUACCCGCUUCAGCGUACCUUGAACUUCAGGGCGGCCAGGAUAUCGAGACGUACUCUGCUUCAAUAACGCUGACUGCUCAGCUGCGGGGAUUGCGUUGGCUGAUGUACAACUACCGUGUGACGACUCUGACCGCUGCCGUCCUGUUAUUCUGGGCAUCCGAGAUCGUAUUCAUGGCUGUGGCAUGGUUGGCAUGGUCUGGGUUUUCAGGAUCGUCACAGGGCUCUGGCAUCGGCAAUGGAGAAAUCGUGCAAAAAUCGUACAAUAAGUCGAUAGGUCAAGUCAAGCGAGAGGAUGGAAGUGGCAUCGACGAGCUGUCAGAUGCCCCGAGGACCUUUCCGACCUAUGGUAAUCAGGCUCCGUUACGUUAUGAGCCUGAAGUUAAGGAUGAGCCUCGUGCGGAGGACCUGCUCCCGCUCGGCGGUGAGGCCGACGACGAGGAAGAAGAUGACGGAAGGGGCUUCAGAGGAGACUCGGGCAUUGGAACGAGUUAUAGUGAGGGAGGUUCCAGUAGUGUGCGGCGGAGGUCAUCGCAUAGAAGUUAA